UCUUUGUUCUCCGUUGACGAUGUCGAACACAAUUGCUUUGUACCCGUUGUCGAACUUUACCUUCAGCACAAAAGAGGCCCAACCGGAAGAAGAUCCAUCCGUUGCUGCCCGUUUGCAGCGACUACAAAACAAUUAUGAAGACUUCGGCAUGCGUCGCACAGUCGAAGGCGUUCUUGUCGUACACGACCACGGCCACCCGCACAUUCUCAUGCUGCAAAUCGCAAACGCUUUCUUCAAAUUACCAGGUGACUACUUGAAACCGGGAGAAGACGAGAUCGAAGGCUUGAAGCGGAGACUUGACGAGCGCUUAGCGCCGCCCUCCGAGUCACGACAAUUCAACACGACCCACGGUAUAGACAAUGACUGGGAAAUAGGUGACUGUCUUGCGCAAUGGUGGAGACCAAAUUUCGAAACUUUCAUGUACCCGUUUAUACCCGCGCACAUCACGAAGCCGAAGGAAUGUAAGAAGCUCUUCCUUGUUCAGAUGCCGGAGAAAAAGGUCCUUGCCGUACCGAAGAACAUGAAGUUACUUGCAAUUCCGCUGUUCGAGCUGUAUGAUAAUGCCGCACGUUAUGGUCCACAGCUGUCUGCGAUUCCUCAUCUGCUUUCUCGAUACAAUUUCAUUUAUCAAUAGAGCUGCCUUGCCUUCAAUUCCUCCCGCUGUAUAUUAUAGGACUCCUCGCGUAUUCGAAAAAUAAUUACCGUUGCCACGCAGAUGGCCUGAUGGCUCGUUCCAAUCACAGGAGGCAAAAUCCCAUUU